AUGCACAACUAUCGACAAUUUGCAAUUAUUUUAAGUGUUUUACUUUGCAUUCCUGCAUUUUCCAUUCCUUUUCAAGGAAAAAGGAAAAUCUCAAGGGUUAGCUGUUGUAAUUUCAUCAAUUCACCAGGAAACAUCAUUGAGAUGAGAGUUUCAUUGUUUGUUCAGUGUCAUACUACGAUCAUCAAGAAAAGAACAUUUCGUAAAUUAGUUUUCGAAGCAUAUUUAAAUAUUUCCCCACAAAUUCUUCCAAUCACCACAGAAAACUUGCAAACUUUCUCAGAUUAUUGUUAUGUAAAAGAUCUGUUGAAUUGGCAUUGUUCCAUAGCCAUAGAAGUUGUUGAAAUCAAGAAAUGUCUUAAUGCUUAA